AUGGACUCUGAUCCAGAUUCCAACCGAGCACCUGAUUCCUCAAUUUGCAACCAUACCCAGACCCCAGCUCAAGAUAAUCUUCAAAUGAUCUCCAACCCCGCUAUCAAAGCUUAUUAUGACCGUACUCCUAGAUCAAUACCAGUGCUUAAUUUCUCCCCCGUCUUUUCCAAGAUGCCUAUAUCAAUUGACAAAAGUGACAAUCAUUCCAGCCUACAGUCUCAACCACCUGCCAAUCCACUGCCAUCUUUCCCCGACAUCAUCAACUUUGACUGGGGUCUACUCGACAACCCCUCACAUGUCGUUCUUGAUCUGCCACCUGAGCAGGAAGCAGUUGCCUCAAUAGCGCAGGCUGCUCUUGACCACUUCAAUGCACUCUCGGAUUCCUCAAACGAAGACCUUGAAUGGUCGGAUGCUCCCAGCAACGAUGAUUUACCGGAGGUCAUUGUGAUUGCCAGUCAUGGACGCAAACGUGCUCGUACUGCAGACCAUACAGCAACCUCACACCGGUGGUUCCCUUGGCAAGACAAGGUUGAGAUGUCAAACCCCAAGGUUAGGCCCCACUUACACUUCUACCCCGAAGACAGUGGACUAUGGCUCUCAGAGGCUCAACAGGGUUUGUGCUGGCUGCGUGAAGUUCCAGAUGAGCAGCUCACACCUAUGGCACGGCUCAACAGCCACGAUUAUUACAUACAUGAACCUGCAAUGCUCUCGGAUGGCCGUAAUGACCGUCCAAUGAUGUUUGCCCGGCGCUGGGCCAUGGAACCUGUAGACACAGACCACCAGCGUAGUUGGAAGGUCAUCAAAUAUGAUGAUUAUGUGGUUUUGCAGAAUGAGUUCCUCAUGAAUUUCCCGCAGCUUUGUCUUCCACAAUCCAAGGCCCAACAAGAAUACAAUGUACACUUUUUGUGUACAUCCAACUUAGUACCUCCACUGGAAAUGUUGGAUGGUAUUGUUGGCCAGCUCGAGCAUGUCAACUUCUUAUUACUUUACAAUACCUGGACCAACAGUAUCAACUUUCUAGCAACACACAAAAAAGUGGUGUUUGGUCAUGGGACUCUGAAACAAAUGAGCCAGUCCUUCUUCUACCCUUCGUACUUGAGUGAAUUCGCUUGCCACAUAGGACUGUAUGGCAAACUUUUUUGUCGUGCAUGCUGGGUCAAAGGAACUCAUGCUACUACCAACAUCCUCGAGUCAGCAGGCCAGCGUGUCCACCAAGAAAGCAAUGGAGCCAAAAGUGAUGCAGACAGCCAAAUGGCCAGCAACGACAGUGCAAAUGAAGGAACAUCCAAUCCAGCCAGUGAAACCAAAAGUGUACAUUCAAAUACAACAAAACGCAAGCGCAAACAAGGGCUGGAGACCAUGGCUAACAUGCUUAGUCGUGUUCAUGAUUUUGUCAAAGUUGGUAAACCUCGAAACAAGCAAGAAAAAAUCACUCAGUUGCAUGCCCAAUUUGUUUAA